AUGGCCCCUAAACGCAAUCCAACUACUUCAUCUGGUGCUCAACUGAAGAAACAGCUAUCUGUUCCAAUGCUAGCAGAAAAACUGGCUGUGUUGGACUUAUUGAGAGAUGGUAUGUCAGUCUCCAACGUGGUGCAUAAAUAUGGCUGCAACGAGUCUAGCAUCCAUGCCAUCAAGAUUCGAGAGAGAGAAAUUCAUCAAGCUGUGGCAUCAAGUGCUCCAGUAACUGCUAAGGUGACAAGUCAAGUGCGUGAUAAGACUUUAGUGAAUAUUGAAAAGGCAUUAACCUUGUGGCUGGAAGACAUGAACCGUAAACAUGUGCCUGUCGGUGGCAACACAUUGCGAGAAAAGGCUCUUAGCCUGUAUGCACCGUUCAAACCUCCCACCGAAGAGGGACAGCCUUCUGAUGAGAAGGAAUUCAAAGCCAGCCAAGGUUGGCUUAACAGUUUUAGGAACUGCUUCAACCUCAAAAACAUGCAGACUACUGGUGAAGCUGCAUCUGCCAAUGAACAGGCAGCAAAAGUCUACCCCAAACAAUUAAAGAAAAUCAUAGAAGAAAAGGGCUAUCUUUCAGAACAAGUUUUUAAUGCUGAUGAGACUGGCCUCUUCUGGAAAAAAAUGCCCAACCGCACUUACAUUUCAAAAUCAAAAAGACAAGCCCCUGGCUUCAAAGUAGCUAAGACCAUGUGA